AUGGUUGUUCUGAGGGAUGUUUUUGUCGGCACAGGGUCGUCGGUUCCGGCUCCGGCGGCUCCAGACGAGCCUCUGAGAACCAAACGUCAGGCGAUCUCAGCAGAACCGUCGGCUCUGGACCCGUCCCAGCUGACCGACGUCACGCUGACCAGCUACUGCAAGAGCAAAGAGUCCAGUGAACUGAUCCAACGAGCUCUGAUGGACAACGACUUCAUGAAGCACCUGGAGCACGGACAGAUCCUCACCAUCAUGGACUGCAUGCGUCCCACCAGCCUGACCAAAGGCUGCUGCGUGAUCCAGGAGGGCGACGACGGGUCCACGGUCUACGUCCUGGAGGAGGGGAUGGUGGAAGUGACCAAACAGGGCAAGAAGCUCUGCAGCAUCGGUCCGGGGAAGGUGUUCGGAGAGCUGGCCAUCCUGUACAACUGCACCAGGACGGCCACGGUCACAGCUCUGACCGACAUCAAGCUGUGGGCGAUCGACCGACAGGGCUUCCAGACCAUCAUGAUGAGAACUGGUCUCAUCAAACACUCCCAGUACACAGACUUCCUCCGCAGCGUUCCGUCCUUCCAGUCGCUGGCUGAAGACGUUCUCAGUAAACUGGCCGACGCCUUGGAGGAGACUCACUACAGCGACGGCAACUACAUCAUCCGCCAGGGCGCCACCGGAGACACCUUCUUCAUCAUCAGCGAAGGACAGGUGAAAGUCUCUCAGCAGAUCUCAGCCAAUGACGAGGAGGCGGCCGUGAAGACUCUUUCUAAAGGAGACUGGUUUGGAGAACAGGCUCUGAAAGGUGAGGACGUUCGUACAGCGAGCGUCACGGCCGUGGGCGACGUCACCUGUCUGGUCAUCGACAGAGAGUCCUUCAAACAGCUGAUCGGCGGUCUGGAUGACGGCAGCAACAAGCAGUGCGACAGCGACGAGGUCAAGGCCAAACGUCAGGCAGAAGCAGAUUUCUUCUCCAGCGUUUCUCUCAGCGACUUCAACAUCAUCUCCACUCUGGGGAUGGGAGGCUUCAGCCGGGUGGAGCUGGUCCAGCUGAAGAGCGAUCCGAACCGCUCGUUCGCCCUCAAAGUGCUGAAGAAGCGUCACAUCAUGGACACCAGCCAGCAGGGUCACAUCCUGUCAGAGCGCCGCAUCAUGAUGGAGGCUCACAACCCCUUCAUCAUCAGGUUGUAUCGUACGUUCAGAGACUCCAAGUAUCUGUACAUGCUGCUGGAGGUUUGUCUCGGAGGAGAACUGUGGUCGCUGCUGCGAGACAGAGGUUCGUUCGAUGACAGCACCACCCGGUUCUACACCGGCUGCGUCAUCGAAGCUCUGGCCCUCCUGCACUCCAGAGGAAUCAUCUACAGGGACCUCAAACCCGAGAACAUCAUCCUGGACCACAGAGGAUACGCCAAGCUGGUGGACUUUGGCUUUGCGAAGAAGGUCGGUUUGGGGAAGAAGACGUGGACGUUCUGCGGGACUCCUGAGUACGUGGCUCCUGAGAUCAUCCUGAACAAAGGCCACGACAGCUCGGCCGACUGCUGGUCUCUGGGAAUACUGGUGUUCGAGCUGCUGAGUGGGAGCCCUCCGUUUUCAGGCUCCGACCCGAUGAUGACCUACAACAUCAUCCUGAGAGGCAUCGACAUGAUCGAGUUCCCCAAGAAGAUCACCAAGAGCGCCGCCAACCUCAUCAAGCGCCUGUGCAGGGACAACCCUUCGGAGAGGCUCGGGAACCAGAAGAACGGCGUGAAGGACAUCCAGAAGCACAAGUGGUUCGAGGGUUUCAACUGGGACGGACUCCGACACGGAACCAUCGACCCGCCGUUCACGCCCACGGUGGACGGACCGGUGGACAGCAGCAACUUCGACUACUUCCCCGAAGACACGGAGGAGCCUCCCGACGAGGAGUCCGGAUGGGACCUGGAGUUCUGA